CGUUUGCGCAACGGGCUAGUUGCCCUUCAUUUCACCAACUUUGCUGAGUGCUGACCGUAUACAGGCAUAGGCUUCGUGUUUUGCGCUGUCACUGCAAGGCUUAAAGACCAUGGGGGCUGGCCGUAGAUGGCUCUUGCCCUUGCUCUCGGUCAUCCCUUCCUACAUUCCCUGGUCCUUUGACUGGGAAACCAUGCCGCUUUUCACAGCAAUCCGAUCCUCUUUUCACUUCCCUGCUCUUACCACUCUCUUUACUGUCAUACACCCUGUCCUAGCACAAGCGCCGGUGAACGACGUCGUAUCUUGGCCGUCAGGCCUUCUACUCCUUGCAAGUGUCCUCUAUGCCGCCUUGGGAACACCUCCCGAUAAAAUCUGGGAGAUCGAGCCUGCUAUAGGAUGGUUUCUGUGGUCGGGCCUCCCCGUGAUCUCGAUUCCCAUAAUGCAGCGUGUCAACUGGGUUGCAAGUGCCUGCCAUUUUGUUCCAGGUAUACGUACAGCAUAUGGAAAAUCCAAUUUUUGGAUCCAAGCAGAUCAAGUUACCGCUCUUGCGCGAUCGGAGGCCCUUCGAAAGGCCUUACAGUGUUUGAAAUGCGUCCUGUACGAACCAUCGACCGUCGACCCAUCGCUUUGGAGUUUGACGCCCGAAGGUCUUGUGAUUCCUGCGCCCAAUGGCAGCGGCCCCUUGAUUUCGUCCCCGAUCAAGCCCUCCUCUGUCACUCCCUCAGCACACGAUUUCCUACUGUUUGCUGCAAUCGACUAUCAUGUUUUCCGAGAAUGGGAGGUAGUAAUCAAGAAGGGUGGCCAGGUUGUUUUUUCCACUAAAAAUAUGCCGGCCAGCUCCGUUGUCGACGUUGACAGCGAGGAGUUUGCUCUGUUCGUCGUAGCCGCACAAUUAGUCCGCCGUCCACACUCCCAGAGCAAACUCCACGCAUUGGCUUAUAACGACAGCGACAAGAAAGAAGGCCCGUAUACCCUUGACCUUGACAAAGAUCCUGUCAAAUAUGACACUCCCAUAUGUGCUGUCGACUUCCAUUCAUACGCUCCCGAGGGCUCCAAAGUCACUGCAUCAUUGGCCGAACUCGCCACCGCAUACUAUCGUGUCGUGCAGUACAUCAAACAAAAUUUCGAUCCAUCCGAUUCACCGAAACUUGCACAGAUCAGCGUUGGACAGACCCUUUGGAUCGCCAUUCUCGGCGGUGUCCUGCUCGACAAAGGCCGGCUCACUAUUCAGAACCUACAUGGACGCUGGGGUAUGAAAGAGGUGACCGCCGACGAGGCCUAUCUCACGCGGAUUGAGACAGUACUCGCCGAGAUAGACGAGUACGCGAACAAACCUGCAUUUUUCGACCUCGUCUUUAGUGGUGGACUCAACCGGCGUUCUGCGUAUCCUUUCCUCAUCGCAGGCCUUUUCGGCCAGGUGAUUAUCUGCUAUUUUCUGUCGGUUGGAACAUCUGCCGGCGUUUGGACUAGUGUUGCAUUGUCCAAUUCACUGUAUGCUGGCCGUCUGACCGAUUGGCACAGUCUAUACUAUGGCAAAACGGCAGUGACGGAUGAACCGGGGAUGAAGAUGUACGUUCCAGGAUCCCAGGAGCUCAUGGCCAUUGCGACCUUUGACCGUUCCUCGCCCAAGCAAGGAUCUCUCCGCCCUGGGGUCCUGCUGAAUACCUUCGGUCUCGCUGCCGCUAUCUUUGGUGCCGUAUUUCAAGGACCCACGCGAGACGCACUCAACUUCGGUCCUUUUUCGCCGACCCCCGGCUGGGUUGUAUACACAUCAAUCGUACUAUGCAUGGGCACGACAAUACUCAUAACCGUGACCUUGGCACUUCAGCAGCUGCGGGAAAAGACGUGGGCGGACGAUAGCGAAUUCCCGACGAGGUACAUGGCGUAUACGACCCUUCCGUGCUCAGUUAUUGUCUCCGGCUUGGCUAUGUGGUUUCAAUAUUCAGGACUCAAGAGAUUUUGGCCAAUUCUUGAUGCGUUGACUUGGGUGUCGGGCAUGCCGCUGGGGAUGCUAGAGAAUGGCAGAAUGUUUGCGGUGGAUGAUAACGUGCUGCAUCUGGUCUUGCUCAAUCGGUGGAUCAUGGGCGCUGUCGCGAGCUCAGUUGGCAGUGCUUGAAUUCCUGUCCUAAAUUUCCCAAACCGUUUUCUGCUCACUCACCAGUCGCGGCUCAUGUAUGAUUUUUCGUCAUUAUAACCCUUCUUACGAUACGUAACGUGUACUUUCGUUUGCAUUCAUCCUAGGGAUCCCUGUAUUAGAUCGAGUCCUCUCUAUGCCGCAAUGCUGUCCUACUUGCCACGCAUUCGUACUUGCUUUGCUGUUCUUGCUGUUCGUUUAUUUUUCCGUCGGGAACCUCUUUGGUUAUUCGAUCGUCUUUGAUAGCCUGAACAUAGAGUGCUUGCAUUGUGCU